AUGCCGGUGCGGACGGUGACCAACUACGGCGAGCUGCUGGAGCUUCUGCCAGAGGUUACGACCGAGUCUGAGGCGACUUGGCGAUAUGCUCGCGGAUUGACUCGGACGCUGGCGAGCCAUGCCAGCUUCGGAUCUGGUCGUGCUGUGGUGUUCAACACGCGUAUUCGGAGCGGUCGAUGGGUGGCAUAUGUGUUUGCCUGGGGAGAGUCUGCUGCUGCUGCCAUGGCGAAUGCGGUCGAGGAGAUGGACGAGUUUGGAUGCGGCGAGGUAUUUGUCGUUGCCGCCAUGAGCAAUGCUGCAGAACAGAUGCUGCAAGCUGAGGUCGCUAUGGAUGCCGCCGACUCGCAUCCGUGUUGGACACGUGCUAGGGCGUGCAUGCCAGAGGGUCACACGCCGGCUCUGUUGCCAGACGGCUACACUGCGCGCAAGCUCGAGCCUGCAGACAUCGACGCGCUCUUGCCGACUUGGAAGUACUCGGACGGCGUCUCGCACGACUGGAUCAAGGCCAUCAUGGGCGACCUGGCCUCGGUCGGGGUCUUUGCCUCUGACGGCUCACUCGCCGGCUCGAUGGUCGAGUACCCUGACGGCUCAUGCGGCAUGCUGCACACCGCCGAGGGUCAUCGCCGGCGCGGCCUCGCGCGGUACGUGGUCGACGCCAUGGCCGCGCAGCUGGCGGCAGCCGGGCGGUCCUGCAUGUUUGUCACCAUCGAGACGUACAAUGAGGCCUCGCUUAGCUUGUUUGACUCGCUGGGCUUUUGCGACGCCGGCCGCGUCGCCUGGGUCUUCUUUGCCAAUCGUUCGGCGGGCGUCAUGGCUGCUCUCGCCGAAAGCGCCGAGGCCUUUGGGAGCUUUUCGGCGAGUGAUCGGCUGCGGACUCUGGCUGGCCUCCAGCGGACCUUCGCCGCCGGCCUCCCGCACAACACCAAGGCUCGGCGGCUGGCAUCGGCGGCGCGGGUCACCGCCCGCUGGCCGGACGUCUUCUCCGUCCUAGCCAACUGGAUCAAGGCCGCAUGGCUGGAGCGGGCGGCUGAUGAGCUGCACCAGCUCCUCGCUUUCGUCUGGCCGUUCAUCAUGUCGAACAAGCCUGCGGUCAAGAGCAUCCUUGCCCGCUGGGACGUUGUCGAGGUCUGCCGCGACGUGCUGGUGGAUAUGCCGGGCAGCGCCGUUGCCGGCUCGGCCGCCGCUGUCAUCUCCAAGCUCAUCAGCAAUGGGCGCAACUGCCACGACCGCAUGCUCGGCGAGUUGGUUGUCUCGGCUGUCAUCGACGGCGUGGCGGUAGCUGACCGUGUCUGGCCACUUCGCAUCCUCUACUCGAUGUCGUUUGACUCGCGGCUGGUCCCGGCAUUGCUGGCCCUUGAUCCGCGGCCGCUCAUUCAGGCCGUCAUCUGCGAGGAGACAGACAGUGAGGGCAUCGUUGUCCGCGCCGCCAUUCUGGCUGCAAACCUGUACGGCGGGCCGGACGCCAGCGCGUUGCUGGGCGAGAAAGCCGAGUCCUGCGUGGCAGCGAUGGUGGCAGCCGGCGAGGCGACACUGAUCGGCGCAGCCUAUCCUGCGAGCUCUGGCUCGUUCUUUGGACUGUGGAAGAUCCUGGCGGGAAUUGACGCGCUGGCGACCCACGAGCCCGCCGCCAAGGCGCUGGGCAGAUGCGGCGCGGUCCGCCUUGUGGCUGCCGCGCUGGCGUCUGACGCGACUGCGGGCGACUCGCGGGUGCUUAUUCACGGCGUGGCAGCGCUGUGGAGCCUUUCAUUUGUGGCCGCCAACGGGGCGGCUAUUGCUGCCGACGCUGCACUGGUGAUGCGGCUGGAAGAGCUGGCUGCGGGCGGCGCGAGCCAGCCGCGGUCGGUGGUCCGGGCGGCGCGCGGCGUGGUGUGGCAGAUGUCUGCAGCAUCAAGCGGGCCCGCAAGAAAGAGUGCGGGAAAAAGCAGCAGCGACACGCUCCAGCACGAUGUUAUGAUCUCGUACUCGUGGGCGAACCAGAAGGUGGCGCUCUGGUUGCGUGCGCAGCUUGCGGUGGCGGGGAUCUCUGUGUGGAUCGACGUGGAGGCCAUGAGCGGGUCGACGCUCGAGGCCAUGGCCGAAGCUAUCGAGUCGUCCCGAGUGGUGGUUGUCCUGCUCUCGCAAGAGUACUCGGUUUCGCAGGCGUGCCGGGUCGAGGCCGAGUACUGCUUCCAACUCGGCAAGCCGUUUGUGCCCGUCAAGGCCACGCCGCGAUUCCGUCCGCGCGGCUGGCUCGGCGCGCUCAUCGGCUCGCGACUUUACUUUCAUCCCACGCCCGACUCGUGGCCCGACAUGCAUCGUGAGCUAAUGACAAUUCUCGAGCGACCAAGUGAGUCAGUCGCAGUGGUGGGCGCUGCGAGCGCGAGCGCGAGCACUUGCCCGGCUGUGGCGAGCGCGUCCGAGUGGGUUGCAGCUGUUGGACUCUCCGAUCCUGUUGGCUGCGCGCUUGCGCGAGCCCACAUCACAACCAUGGCACAGAUCGAUGAGCUUGCCGCGUGGCGGAUGCAUGCCAGCACCACGCUCUCGGCCUGGACCGAAUUUGUCCGCGCCGAACUCGGGCUUGCGCUUUGCGAUGCACUUUCGCUCGGUGCUGCGCUACGCGAGCGUCUUUCCUGA